CCCUAGACACGCAUCAAAAGAGCCCUAAAUUCCAAGAAGAGUAACAUUCUCGAGUUGGGUUUUCUCAAAGUCACAAGCUUUCGAUUUGGGUUUCGUUGUACGAACACAGCUAGCGAUCGUGUGAGAUCUGGUUCUCAAGCCUCGCCGCAAAAGGGUCUCUCUGUGUUUAGUUCUGAAGAAAGAAAACACUCAAGAGAGCAGCAAUGUGUAGUUUGUCGACGAGUCUACUGUUACCGGCAAGGCUCAAACCAGGUUACUCAGACAAACGGGGUAACAGCAGCAACUCACUCCUUGUCUCCAAUGGAAGAUCGAAGAUGAAGAGCCAAGGCAUUGUUCCCAUGACAAGGUUGUUUGGACCAGCGAUCUUCGAAUCAUCGAAGUUGAAAGUAUUGUUUGUAGGGGUUGAUGAGAAGAAGCAUCCACCAACGCUCCCUAGAACUUACACCCUCACUCACAGUGACAUUACUGCUAAACUAACUUUAGCUAUCUCUCACUCCAUUAACAACUCUCAGUUGCAAGGAUGGGCAAAUAAGCUAUACAGAGAUGAAGUGGUAGCAGAGUGGAAGAAAGUGAAAGGGAAAAUGUCGCUUCACGUUCACUGUCAUAUCAGCGGUGGACAUAUCCUUUUAGAUAUUUUCGCAAAGUUUCGUUACUACAUCUUUUGCAAAGAGCUACCUAUUGUGUUGAAGGCUAUUGUUCAUGGAGAUGGGGACUUGUUGAACAAGUAUCCGGAGUUACAAGAAGCUCCUGUUUGGGUUCAUUUCCAUUCCAAUGUCGAUGAGUUCAACAGAGUUGAAUGUUGGGGUCCCCUUUGGGAAGCUACUACUACUACUUCACCUGAUGAUGAUGGUCACAGGAGGACUCAUACUCUUCCUGAGUCACAGUGCGUGGAUGAGUGCACUUGUUGUUCCCCACCUGUUAUCUCCAUUCCCUGGUCUCAUAAUCCGGAGAAAAUGUCUAACUCCUAAUCCGGAGAAACUCUGAUGAAAACCCUUUUGGUGGUUUGUAAAUUGAAUGAAAUGGAAGAUUAUUGGUUUGGUUUGGUGUACAUAAUGUGGUGUAGGAAACUAAUGAUUGUUUGUAGGUUUGAUUAAUACAAAAGUUAAGUUAAAAAGUGUUUUAA